AUGUUACUAGUAUCGCUCCCGGCGUCGCUCUUUGCCCUCGCGCCAGUGUUCUUCGACACCGCAGGGCGCCUGCAGCGGGUCCCGGCGCCAGCAAACCCGGGUACGACGCGCUUCUACACUCUGGUGCACAACGGACAGUCGCUGGUCAAGGCAGACGGUGGCGGCUGGAAGCCUGCGCUUCUCUCUGCGAGCGAGGUGUCCGAGGUUGGCGGUGGCGGCGCCCUCCAAGUCUUUCUCGGCAGCGUCGAGGACGCAGCGAGCCCGCUGCAGCGUGGGGAUUACUGGCUGCUCGAGACGUCCGCUCUCGACGAGCAGCCGCCUGCGAGCAUCGGUGGCGAUGGAGCCGCUUGGGAGCCGCUGCGUGCGCGAGCUGGGCCGAGCGUGUGCGACGCGCUCGAGGUGGACGAGGCGGCGCUGCUCGCCACCGCGCGCGGGCUGGCGCACUGGCACAACAGCGUUCGAUUCUGCUCCAAGUGCGGCAGCGCAGAGGUCGUGCCGUACCGGAACGGGAAGGGGCGGAGAUGCAAUGUGUGCUCCGAGCGCUUUCGCCCUCGGCUCGACGCGUCGGUGAUCGUCCUCGUCCUGGACGCGACUCGCUCACGGUGCCUGCUCGGCCGCAAGGCGGCUUGGCCGACGGGUCGCUACUCGACACUCGCGGGCUUUGUCGAGUUCGGGGAGACGCUCGAGGAGUGUGUGGUGCGGGAGGUGUGCGAGGAGAGCGGCUGCUCCGUCGACAGGUCGACGCUCGACUUCGUCGCAUCGCAGCCGUGGCUCUUCCCGCGCUCGCUCAUGGUCGGCUUCACCGUCUGCGCAGCGCCCAGCGAGGGGGCCGACGCGGCGCUCGCGGUCGACGAGGACGAGCUGGAGGACGCGAGAUGGUUCUCCAAGGAGUACGUGCGCGAGCAGCUCGGGCUCGAGCGCGAGGCCGGACGCGACGGGCCCGCAGUCGAGGGCGGUUUUCACGUGCCGUCGCGAGUCUCACUCGCGCGCACACUGAUCGAAUCUUGGCUCGCCGAGUGA